ACAUGAUAGUAAAAAGUACUUCUACUCUGUAGUACUUAACAGAUUUAUCUCUCAAUAUAGUAAAAAAAUAAAAAUAAAAAUAAAAAUCAGAAUAAUUCCACAUUGACACACACCAAACGGCUCCUCCGCUGCUGUCUCGAGGCAGCUGAGAGAGAGAGAGGAGAGAGAAAAUCAGCGACGACGACAAUGGAGCAGCCGGAAGAGCAAGACGUCGACAUGACUUCUGCUGCCGAUAUCAACGACGCUGAACCUUCUGCGGAUGUUGAAGAUAUGAAAAAGAGGUUAAAGGAAAUGGAAGAUGAAGCCGCUGCUCUUCGUGAGAUGCAGGCCAAAGUUGAGAAGGAGAUGGGUUCUGUUCAAGAUCCUGCUGUUGCGGCUGCUGACCAAGCAAACAGAGAGGAAGUUGAUUCUCGAUCAGUGUUUGUGGGCAAUGUUGAUUAUGCUUGCACACCUGAAGAGGUGCAGCAGCACUUUCAGUCAUGUGGAACUGUAAACAGGGUGACCAUUCGGACUAACAAAUUCGGACAACCAAAGGGAUAUGCUUAUGUGGAAUUUGUAGAGCCAGAGGCUGUUCAAGAAGCAAUUCGGUUGAGUGAAUCUGUUCUGCAUGGUCGCCAGUUGAAGGUGACGGCAAAGAGAACCAAUGUUCCAGGAAUGAAGCAGUUUCGCCCUAGGCGCGUCGCCAGUCCUUAUAUGGGAGGCUAUGGCUUUAGGGGUGCAUAUCCACCACCUCCAUUUUUCUACUCACCUUAUGGAUAUGGAAAAGCCCCGAGGUUCAGAAUGCCAAUGCGUUACGGCCCUUAUUAGUAAAAAUAUGCUUGAGUUUGUUUAGAACAUAAGCUGUUGACUGUUGAGAUGGUAAUUGGGAGGAUAUAUAUCGUGAUGUUCUCUUGUCAUCAAUCAUCCUUAGAGUUGGUGACUCUUUUGGGGACUCUCUGAGGAACUUUUUGAUUGCAGCAACAAUGAAUUUUAUGAUCAACAAUGUAAUUAUGUGUUUGAGUUUUUUGAGGAUGAUAUAAUUUGCGUAGGUCUUUCUUGCCGUGUA